AUGUCUCCCCCCGGGCCAGAUCUCCUCCGCCGGGCGACCACCGCCAAUGUCUCAUCCUAUCUUAGUGAGCCGGUCGUCCCGCACAAUACCGUGCAACAACCUGGCAUUCUCAGCGCAGAAACAAAGCGCAAGGAACGCGAGCUGGUCGCUGAGAAUAUCAGCGCACACGACAAGGCACGUACUUCAUCUGCAGAAGGACGGAGAGGAAGCCAUGAAUCUCAAGGGCCGCAUACCCACGCGUACACAUCUCCCAGUGGUUCGACGGCCCAUGACUCUUCCAUAGAUCGGACGCAAGAUUUGGUCGUCGGACGUGAACUGGAACGGGCGGUGAGGAGUGAAUCUGCCAUCGAAUCAGCGCGGCGGCGACUGCAGCAAUUAGCAGAUACGGCUGAGUACGAAAGUGGUUUGCGGCAGUGCCCUCCAAACAUUGACUGGGAAGAAUAUCACCCCUCGGGUGACACCCUGGUACAACAGCUCUCGCAAUCGGGCGAAUAUUCUCGGCCGCGAUUCUUCAACUUUUGGGGCCCAGUACGACAUAAAUAUCGAAAGCCAUUCGCGGAGUUUCUGGGGACCCUGGUUUUCAUGACGCUUGGCCUGUCUGGAUCCAUCGUUCACAUGACAGCGGGCAGCGACUACGGAAGUCUGCUGACUGCGUACAUGGCAUGGGGUUUUGGGGUGAUGAUGGGCAUCUACAUUGCAGGUGGCGUCUCUGGCGCUCAUCUCAAUCCGACGAUUUCAGUCGUUCUCUCCGUCUUUCGCGGCUUUCCAUGGGACCUCUGCUGGAAAUAUAUUGGCGCUCAGUUCCUCGGCAGCAUCGCCGCAUCUGCACUCGUGUUUGGUCUCUACAGUGACGCCAUCAACGAGUACACGGCCUCAGACAUUGCUCGCGUUGGACCUGCAUUCUACACUCAACCCCGUGGCGGAUUGAGUAAUGUCGCUGCCUUUUUUAAUGAGCUCGUCGCCACCGCAAUCGCAGCCGGUUCCGUCCUUGCCUUGGGGGACGACGACAACGCACCGCCGGGAGCAGGCAUGCAUGCAUUCAUCAUCGCUCUCCUGGUCAUGUGCCUUUCCAUGGCCUUUUCAUACAACACUGGCGCAGCUCUCAACCCUGCGCGGGACUUUGGGCCUCGUUUGAUAACAUUUUUUGCAGGCUCUGGUGUCCAUGUGUUCACCCGGGAUAACUGGUGGUGGAUUUGGGGGCCUUGGGUCGCUACGCUCGCUGGUGGGCUUGUUGGUGCAAGCGUUUAUGACAUUUUCAUCUUUAAGGGCGGAGAGUCUCCCAUCAACUACCCCACUGGCGCCUUGAGAGCCGAGUUGAAUAGCUCAUGGAAGGAGAUAAGGCAGAAAUCAAAGAUAGGCCGGGGAAAGGAUAGCACUGGAGAUGUCAAUAAGGAGAUUAAUCUUGUCGCUUGA